UAGAGGAAGUGACGUACAUUUCGCACAUGCGCAGUGCAAAUUGGGUUUCGGGUAGCGACACUCUCUUCACCAUGGUUCCUCCAGUCGCCGUGUCGCCGCUCAUCAAGGUAAUCACACAAAUAAUUUGUCCUGUUUUUGUCACAGAUAUGGUUCAUAAAUCAGACAAAGAGGUGCUCAUAUAGAAAGUUUUGAUAUCAUCUUAGUAAGUAGGCUUUGUGGUCACCAUAUUAGCUGUUUUAAGUGGCAUGUUAGCAUGUAAGCUAAUGUUUGCUAUCAGUGACAUUGAGGGGCUGCUACGGAGCUGUAAAGGUGGGAUCACUAAUGUAUCUAGGUGAAAUGUUGCUUUUCAGUAAUGUGAUUCAACAUGCUGUCUAACACUGUAUUGAUCAGAGGUGUUCACACUCUGAGACAGACAAGGUCACAGAGACAGGUCCCUAAUCCUCAGGUGUAUGUUCGCCACCAAUCACAAUGUCUUCAUUGAAACAGAAGUGACAUUUUAACUCUGUUGAUAAAAUAAAUUUCCACUGUAAACAUUUCUUACACAGUUAAGACCUCUCAGUGAGUCCACAUGAGCUGACAUGUUUGAAACCUUUAUAUUUCAGACGGCCAGGUGGUCUGCUCUGCUGUUCGGUGUUUUCUACGGCAAGCAAAGAUUUGGUAAGUUUGUGUCUGCGCAUGCGCUGGAGAAAGUUAUUGAAUAAAGUCCUCCUUUGUAGUGAUGGGCAUGGCAGUUCUUUUAGAUGUACUGAAUCACUAGAAUCAGUUCACUAAAAAGAUUCGUUCACUAAAUAACCGUAUCGUAGUGCUUGUUGGGAGAAGCCUGCGACUCAUAGCUUCUGGGACUGGGAGACGAGCGUGUUUGGCUGCGUUGCUUUGGCAAAUACUGUCCUAUGGUUAUCAGGUCUGCUUGGUAAAUUGGGGUCAGUGAGUGAUUCGUUCACUGAAUGUUUCAAUUGAAACUGAACAUUGACCGUUCCCUCUCAAACCGCUGCAAUGAUAGGUGCUGUGGGUUUAAUGCACUACUUUUUACAUCCUGUGUCCUAUUGUAUGCAAGUUGUUGUGGUAGCAAUUUAGCCACAUCAUGGGGAAAAAAAGAUAGUUUUGUCUGACAAAAAUGAUUCCAGAGAUUGUAGUUCAAUGCGUGAUUCGUUCACCAAGUGAUUGAGGUGUCGAUGCAUACUUUCCCUCAUUCGCCGGCUGUUCGACUGGCAAUGCUGUUUCUCACUUAAGCUCAACUGAAGUUAAAAAAGAACGAAUCACUCAUGGAAGUUACUCGGUUCAGUGUGUUCACUUAAAAGAUUCGGUUCUUUUGAACAAAUCAGUAACGAACGACACAACAGUACUCCUUUUGUUGGGUUCUACAAAUAAGGCACAUGGUUAACUCAUUGUAUAAAAGCUCAUUUAAAAAAAAUGCUACCAGAAUUUGAUUUUGAAUUAAUUGUACACCGAAUAUCCCUUACUUACUUACUUUUAUCUCUUCAGAUUGAACAUGUCACUUAAGAGUGACAGAAAGACAAAGAAGUUAUUUAUUGUUUAACCAGUGAUUUUGUUCUUGCUCAGAUUACUUGAAGCCCAUCGCUGAGGAGGAGAGAAAGGUUGAGGAGGCAGAGAAGAAGCUCAGAGAGGAGCAAGAGCGCAUCUACAAACAACUUUCUGAAGGUGACAUGAUGGGACCACCCACUCACAUUUACUGUCUAUCACUUUCAUUUUCAACUCACAUUUUACCAUCAUGUCCACCAGUGGUAAAAUAUUUUAUUGAUUUUUUUUUCCUCCUCUCUCUGCAGCAAAUUCUGACACCAUCCUCAAGUGAACUGUCACCAGACCAGUCCUACUAUGUUUCAGUCCAAAUAAAAAUAUUAUUUUUCAUGUGGUACUCAAGUGCUGUCUUAUUAUUUGUGUUGCAAUAACAGGGUUUAAUUUUGCACUAAUGUUACCAGGUCUUUUUUUUUUUUGACUAAACAUAUUUAAGGUAAAAUGUGGUUUAUUUUAAUUCAAUGCAAAGAUGACAAACUUGAGAAAGUGCCCAGUGUGUAUGUUGUGCACCUGUCCUUCAGUAAGAGAUGAGCCUGGGGGAGAGCAUGGUUUUAAUCCCAGCCUAGUUUAGCAGCAAUCCCAGGAUUAGGGUCAGUGACCAGUCGUAGAAAGUGCAGUGUGGACAGAAGCAUCCCCUCAACACCGUGUGUUGUAAUUGUGUAACUAUGAACUCUGUGUCUGGUAGCAUUAUAUAGUACAUAUAAGAGCAAUAUCAUUGGCACUUAAUGACUGUAAUGUUUAGAUAUAUUAGUGUUGCUUCAGGUGGCCCACAAAAAUGUUUAAAAUAUUCAUAUUGAGCUUUUGAUUUGUUUGUAAAGAAUGGGAAUUACCAACACCAAGAAACAGCCUAAAGUUCUACGCCCAUGAACAAUUUUAAUCAUCGCAGUCUAAUAAUGCAUCAAACACCUCCUUGAAAGUACAUUUGCUUUAUUGUAUCAUCAUUUUACAAAUGACAGGGGCAAGCUUUGAAACACUGAGAGCUUUUGGAGCAAUUUUAAGUACAUGAUUUGCCUAUAAAUACACAGCCAUGCUUUAACAUCUGAAACUACAAGUGGGCAGCAUAUGAAAAUAAAAAUAUCAUAAAAUCAGGCAUUUGAAGGAAUAAGAAAUUCCUUUGUAUUUAGUGAUUAACCGGUCACUGCAUAAAAAUUGCACUACCUUCACUCUUAAAAUUAAUUAUCUUGAUUUUGGAGUUUGAUUUUUCUCCAUAUUUGCAUUUGUGUGUACUUUAUGAUCUUAUUCAAUAAGACAUUGGUACAUUUAUACUUGUACUGUUUCAUUUCAGCUACUCUUUUACACAUAUUUACAGUGUGGAACCAUCAUGAGGAAGUGACUACAGGUAUUUUUAUGACUCGUAAGUUUGGAUUUCCACACGUAUAAAUGCGUAUGUUUAACUAUUGCUCUUGAGCUUGUUUUCUAUGUUUAGCUCUUUGCAAUCAAGGUAAUCAAACUUUAUACAUGGUAAGUGACUGGAAGUAGUGUACAUGUUAUUAACAGAUGAAAUGAAGAAUUAUAUAUAUAUAUUUACAGAGUUUUAUAUGUAUGAGUUCCAUCAUUAAGUAUAUAUGUUGUGCUGAAUGUUUAAAACGACUCACCAUCAUCUCUCAAUACCCUUUUGGUGAUAAUAGCAAAGAAUUUUCUGUACAUCGUGUGCUUUUAAAGAUUACAUACUUUACAAAGGUAUUAACAACUAUACAGAUUUAUGUACAAGUUUUACCCUCGUAUUUUUGCUUUGUAUCUAAAGGAACUAAAGCAAACAACAUUCACACUAUGUAUUUGUACCAUGAGAAAUUAAAAUAAGUCCUCAAAAAGAAAAGGAAAAUAAUACUGCAUCAAAACUCAUGGAUCCAAACUGGUGGCCUGAUUUGACAGUAUAUUUCAGCUCACCUGAUUAAAGUCCCUCUAUGACUGAACACCCCCUCCCUGUGCUGUUCUCUCCUGCUUCAGGUUCUCCUCUCUGACUGAAUCCAGAAAUAUAAAAGGGUCUAUAUGCUAAUUUACAAAUGCCAGUUUUUUAUUUUUGUUUCCCCAGUGAACUAACAGUCAAACGGGCUGGUUGUGGUGUUCAGAUCAUGUCAUAGGUGGUCCAUGUGCAGUCACAUCAUAUUCAGAGUUCUGUGGUCUCUCAGCACAAUGAACAGGUCUUGGAACCUGAACCUCCUCCACCGUGGUUGUUUGGAGGACCUAGGGGAAGAAUAAAACAAACAACACAAGCAGGGGUUUUCCUCUGUAUAUAUUUAACAAUAGGAGAAAAUAUCACUGCAGCUGCACAGCUGUGUCUAUUUUCCAGGGUAUCAUUUUACCUUUGGCAGCCUUCUCUUCCUCUAAGGCUUUGAGUUUUGCCUCAUACUCCUCUUUUUUGGCGUUCCACUCCUUCCUGUUGUUCAAUAUGCCAUCCAGCAUGGGCUGGAUUUGUGGAUGGAAGCGAGAAAAUUCCUGAAAAUUAAGGAGUAUAAGAAAAUAAACUCGAGAGUAUGGCUUUUAUUUUAAAGCAUAUGAGACAAGAAAGUUAGGGCAGGAUAUUUAGAAAUAAAAUCAUCCAAUUAUUCAGUGACUGUAACAAAAUUUACUAUAUUUACUGUGUAUUUCAUCUAUCAUGAAGCAAAUGUAAACAUUACCUUGUAAACAAAUGUGCAGACAAAGUCAAUAAAGCCACACUGAAGCUUUGGGAGUUCUGCUGCCUUGUUUCUGUCCAUCAUGGGCUGUGAGAAGAGCACAGUGUAAAGAGCAUUUUAAAACAGCUGUCUGUGACAGCCGAGCACAAUGCUGCAUAAUGUGCACCAAUUUUGGUGUUUUUUUCCUUUUAAGUUGAAAAUCUUUUUUUCUACAACUCAGGUGUUUUUUUAAUCACUUGUUAACAAAAAAAUCAAAUAUUUCUGUUCCUGGCUUUGAUAGUGUGAAAACUUAUUUUAUAUACAGUUGAAACCAGAAGUUUACAUACACUAUAUAAAAAGGCACAUUACCUUUUUUUCCUCACCGUCUAACAUGAAAGGAGAUUAAACUUUUCCUGUUUUUGGUCCAUUAGGAUUUCCAAAAUUAUUUGUAUUUGUUAAAUGCCAGAAUAAUGAGAGAGAUCAUUUUUUAGACAAUUUUUUAUUAUUUUCUUGAGAGUUAAAAGUUUACAAUAGUAUUUGAAAGCUGCCGUUCCAAAGACAUGAUAUCACCAUCUGGACUUUCCCAAAUUGUUUAAAGGCAAAGUCAUCUUAGUGUAUGUUGUCUAAAAAAUUCUCUCUCUCAUUAUUCUGGCAUUUAGCAAAUAAAAAUAAUUUUGGUAAUCCCAAUUGACCAAAAACAGGAAAAGUUUAAUCUGAUUUAAUGUUAGAUUUAAUGUUAGAAAAAAAGGGUUAUGUGCCUUUUUAUAACAUGUAUGUAAACUUCUGGUUUUCAACUGUAGCUGUUUAGUAAUUAUGUCAGGGCUUUGGCUGUUUGUCAGAAAAAAACUGCAAAUACACUUAAAGGUGCAGCCUCACACCAAAUCACAUAAAGCUUAGCCUGUUAUUAUCUAGUUAUCAGGCACUUCUGCAUCGACACAUUUUUACACAAACUAAAGAAUAUAUACUGGACUGUACAUACUAAACUAUGACAUAUAAACUUACAAUCGGUUGUUGCUCCAGCACUGUCCGCUCCAGGUCACCCUGCUCCCAAAACUCUGCUGCUACAGACAAAGCAA